GGAAAGUACGGAACUGUCCAAACGUACUUUCAUUUUCGCUUUUUCCUGCUGAGUAACAGUGAGCGUUACGCGCGGCGUCGAGUUACACAACUAAAGAGCGUUUAGUUCUUCUCCGCGGUGUAACUAAAGUGUAAACUUCCACAAACUUAAUCCCGUAACCAACGGAGACCAAACAUGGCGUCUCUGGAUAUUCGUCUGGACUCGAAGAAACAGGUGGAUGACUUCUGCCAAAAACUUACCAAGGAGGCGGAAGACUUGGUAUCCAAAUUUUUCCCUCUGAAGAUUGAGGAGCUGCAGGUGCUGUUGAAGACAUCUUUCAGCUGCGACAACCUGGCGUCCCUGAAGGCUCCGCUGGACAUCCCGAUACCGGACCCGGCUAAAGAGGAGGCCAAGCGCAAGAAGAAAGAGGAGAAGGAGGCGAAGGAGGGGAAGAAGGACAAGGACGAGGAUAAAGAGGACGAAGAUUCAGGGCCUCCUUGUGGUCCCAUCUGCACCAACCAGCGAGUGGAGCAUCUCCUGCAGUUGGUGAAGCCUCAGAUCCAGACACUGAAGGAGAAGCUCAACGUGGUGUCGAUGUGGGUGCAACUCCAAAUCCCUAAAAUUGAAGACGGCAACAACUUUGGAGUGGCUGUCCAGGAGAAGGUGUUCGAGCUGCUGACCAACACACGCACAAGGAUCGAGGGGUUCCAAACUCAGAUUUCAAAAUAUUACAAUGAGAGAGGCGAUGCUGUGGCCAAAGCCUCCAAACAGUCCCACGUGGGAGACUACAGACAGCUGGUCCAUGAGCUGGACCAGUACCAGUACUGUGAGCUCCGCCUUGUGAUCUUGGAAAUCUGCAGCACAUAUGCGGUGCUCUUUGACAUCAUUAACAAGAACUACGACAAGAUCAAGAAGCCCAAAGGAGACGGCAAGGCUCUGAUCUACUGAGACUCCGGAUGCUCUCGGGCUUACAAGAUGCAACUUUUGUAGUAUGACACUCAAGUAACUAAACAGCCGCUCUGCCACGCGUGCUUUCAUGCUGGUUCAAAUUACACAAUAAAGCAAUACAAUUCCAAAA